UCUCCAGGGAGCAAGGCCCUUUGAGGAGGCUUCCUCCGGGCGGAAAGACGAAGCGAGACUCCGCGGGGGAUUCCCCCACUCCACCCCAGCCAGGGACCGGGUCGCGGUUGCACGGGCCCCAGCCCAAGGGUGAAGGCGCCCCGCACAGCACUUUCCCGACCAGGCCCAGGCCCAGGCAUGCCGGUCCUUGUAAGGCAAAAACUUCGAUGGGAGCCUACCUCCCUAAAGAAGCCUUGUGGCGGAACAGCUAUUUGACCCAUUUAGAAGAAAGAAUGACAUCCCUACAGAGGAACAUGAUGUGAAUGGAAGAGACCUGUCAUUUUACCCUCCCCAAGAAAUUGAUUGGAAAUGGGGAAGAAAAACAGUUGUUUGAUGCAAACAGUACAGCACUCUGAACAGACUCUAAAAACAGCUCUCAUCUCAAAGAACCCAACGCUUGUGUCACUGUAUGAGCAGUUAGAUGCUGGCGAACGGCGUUUGCUGAACAAAGCCUUCAAGCCAGACAGUGAUCUGUUUGGACCCAUUACCUUGCAUUCGGAAUCAGACUGGAUCAUCUCCCAUCCCGAGCCUCCCCAGGACUUCGAACAGUUUUUCAGUGAUCCUUCUAGAAAGGCACCGUCUCCAGAGAAGCGCAGUAUUUAUAUACAAUGCAUUGGAUCUCUAGGAAACACCAGAAUUAUCAGUGAAGAAUAUAUUAAGUGGCUCAAGGGCUACUGUGAAGCAUUUUUCUAUGGCUUGACGGUGAAACUCCUAGAACCGGUUCCUGUCUCUGUAACGAGGUGUUCCUUUAGAAUCAAUGAUAACACACAAAACCUACAAAUUCAUGCAGGGCACAUCCUGAGGUUCCUAAAAAAGAAGAAACCUAGAGAUGCCUUCUGUAUUGUGGGAAUAACAAUGAUUGAUCUUUACCCACGAGACUCCUGGAAUUUUGUCUUUGGACAGGCCUCUUUGACAGAUGGUGUGGGGAUAUUCAGCUUUGCCAGAUAUGGUAGUGAUUUUUACAGUUCACGCUAUGAAGGCAAAGUGAACAAGCUGCAGAAAGUAUCUUCAAGCGACUAUUCCGUUUUUGAUAACUAUUAUAUUCCUGAAGUGACCAGUGUUUUGCUGCUUCGUUCCUGUAAGACUUUGACCCAUGAGAUCGGACACAUAUUUGGACUUCGACACUGCCAGUGGCUUGCAUGCCUCAUGCAGGGCUCCAACCACUUGGAAGAGGCUGACCGGCGCCCCCUCAACCUUUGCCCUAUCUGUUUACGCAAGCUGCGGUGCGCUGUUGGCUUCAACAUAAUAGAGAGAUACCAAGCACUGGUGAAGUGGAUUGAUGAUGAGUCUGCUGACAUCCCUGGAGUCAGCACGGGACACAGUCGGGAAGACAAUGUGAAUUUACCAAAACCUGUGGAAGCCUUUAAGGAAUGGAAAGAGUGGAUAAUAAGAUGCCUUGCUGUUGUCCAAAAAUAAGGACCUUCACGUAGGAGUAAUUACAAUAAACACCUUGCAUAUUACGCUUUCA